AUGAAGUGCAUCCUCGUUUUCGCCUGCCUUUCGAUGGCCCUCUGCCUGGCCGCUCCCGCCCCGGAAGCCGAGAUCGUGAACCUGGCCUCCGAGGUCAAUGCGGAUAGCUACAACUACAACUUCGAGACCAGCGAUGGCACCAAGCAGGAGCAGCACGGCAGCCUGAAGAACCUGGGUCCCGAGGAGGAUGCCCUCCAGGUGGCCGGCUCCUUUAGCUAUGUGGGCGACGACGGACAGACCUACUCCAUCACCUAUGUGGCCGACGAGAAUGGAUUCCAGCCCCAGGGAGCGCACAUUCCCCAGGGCCCCUAA